GACGCAAGCGAAAGGAGGCGGCUAAUUAAAUAUUGAGCAGAAAAAUCUCGUGGGGAGCGAGUCACGUGGGUCUAGAGGCUCGUGGAGUCUCAGAUAAAUGCAGCACCUCACUAGGCCGGCAGAAAGCGCGCUGCGACCUCCUCCUCCAUCGCCACAGCGACCCAGUGUGGAGCGCCCCGCGUGCGCUCAGACCAGCCAGAGCAACCCAGCGGGCUCGGCCGCAGCAAAAUCCAACAUGAAAACCCUUGUGGCUUUGGCAGUCGUUCUUCUUGUGUCCACUCAACUGUGUGCAGAAGAAAUCGGAGCCAGUGAUGAUCUUAAUUAUUGGUCGGACUGGUCUGACAGCGACCAGAUCAAGGAGGAGCUGCCUGAGCCCUUUGAGCAUCUUCUGCAGAGAAUCGCCCGGAGACCCAAGCCUCAGCAGUUCUUCGGAUUAAUGGGCAAACGGGAUGCUGAUUCCUCAAUUGAAAAACAAGUGGCCCUGUUAAAGGCUCUUUAUGGACAUGGCCAGAUCUCUCAUAAAAGGCAUAAAACAGAUUCCUUUGUUGGACUAAUGGGCAAAAGAGCUUUAAAUUCUGUGGCUUAUGAAAGAAAUGCAAUGCAGAAUUAUGAAAGAAGACGUAAAUAAACUCCCUAGUGUGUUAUUUACUGACCUUCCUUUGUGUCAAUGGCCAAUGAAAGGUAAAAAUGAGAAAUGCACUCUGAGAAAUAAUUAUUUAUUUAAUAAUUGUUUUGAGUUGAAAACUCAAAAAGUGUUUAUUUUUCAUAUUGUGCCAAUAUGUGUUGUAAAAGUGUGUUAUAAUUCUAAUAUGAUGACCCCCCUCAGAAGUAGAACUCAGUGAUAAUUUCUCAACAAAGCACAGUGUUCAAUGAAAUUGUAAAAACCUGUCAAUAAUAUAGUCUCUGAAGAAAGAAAUCAUUUUUGUUUCUUGGAAGUAGUCACGUCAGCUCCUGCUGAAGGAAAGGAAGCUCACAGACAGGCGUUUGCAUCUCCAUUUGUUUUCACGGUGAAAAUGUACUGAGAUUUGGUAUCAAACUGUAUUUGUAUCCCUGCAGCAUGUUUUAUGUUCUGUGACUAUAUAGAGAUGUUUUAAAAAGUUUUAAUGUGAUUUUAAGGUCUUCAUUUCAUUGUAUAAUGUGUUGUGAUAGUUGACAUUUUAAAUAAAAGAAAAAAUAUCUUGA